UGGACCACAUGUAUAUAUUCCCAGGCUGUACAGUAGCGAACUCUAUUCUCAUUUUAGGUUCCAAAAAAGUUAAACAGCGUGAUGAUGGUGAAACCACGCAAGUGACCGGUCCUUAUCCCGAAGAUGUCUUCAGCUGCGACGCCCGACAGCUUUAUAAAAUGGUACGUCGUUUAAUUCCACUGAAAGCUGAGACGAUCAAGGUAGCCGACAGGAAGAUGAUUAGGGAAACAGCGGACGAGCUAAUGGAACGGCUCGUCCAGAUAACCGGGAUAGUUAAAGAACUGCGACAUAACCUGAAAUUGAAGGACCAAAAAAUCGAGGAAGUACAAAAGGCGAAAAACGUAAGUAUCCCGAUUUUUUCUUACGCGGAAAGAGUGAAAGCAGCGCAAAUAAUGUUAGUUUUACCCCAAAACCGAAAAAAUUAACGAAUCUUUCCAUACGGUACGCUUCCAG